AUGGCCAAGAAUUCUGUGCUAUUGCCAGAUGAAAGUCAUUGUCGAUCCGACAUCGGAGCUAUUUUGUACAGAGAUCGAAAGAUCUACGCUUUUUCGGCCGACAUAAUUGAAGUAACAGAACCCAAUUCCAUUUUUGGAUAUGUUGAGUAUAAGAUCGGCAUUUCGGUAAGAUUUUAUUGAUCUUACACCUUGUUUAGAUGGAUCCAAUUGAUGUGUGUAAUUACGAUCGUCGCAUAUUUGAGUUGACAACGAGAUUUAGAGAUCUAAAUCGUUUAUAUCAACAGGUUUCUACUAUUCAUAAACAGGUAAUAAUUCAUCUGAUUGCCUUAUGCAUGCUGGUUCCGGAAAAUACCAUACUUUUAUAGCUGGUGUUGUAAAAAUUUAUUCUUUUAGCUAUACCUCAAAGAUAAUGUUCCAUUGUUUGCUCCAACUAAACUAGUGGGAUCUAACACUCCAGAAACAAUCGAGGAGAGGAAAACGGCCAUUACUAACUUCCUUAACUUUGUAUUAAGAUCGACAGUUUUGUGCAAAGCCCGAGUAUUUCAAACUUUUAUUGACGUAAGUACCUACAUGAAAAUAUUAUUUCGUUUAGAGUUCAAAAGAGGUACCUUCUGACUCACCGACUGAAGGAGUAAAGUCGGAACCCGAAGGCAACAUUAAUGAACAUAAUAUUGAACUUGAUUAA